UGAGCAAACCUAUCGGUAAAUCUGGUGGUAAUUCCGUCUGCUUUUAUAUAUAUUUGUGAUUUUCUUCCACACGCCGAGUGCAAAUAGCAGUAGUUCUAUUCAGGAGUGGGGAGGCGGGAUCUGUAUGUCAAUACUUUGUUUCUUUCAGGACGGUUUUUAAAGUUACUCCGACGGCUCGAGACAGGUCAAGUGCAUGCAUUAAAAACAGAACCAUAUAAAAGACAAACACAGCAGCAGCAGCAUGAGUGUGUGUGGAGCUGCUCGGUGCCGCGGUGCCGUGAGGAGGAUCCUUCAGCAGAACCGAGCCGUCUGCAGCCACACGAGCGGAUCUGCUGCCGAGGGAAUCAGGGAAAAGCUGCAGGCUUUCCCGGGAGGAUCCGUAGAGCUCCAGAAGCAGCGGGACUCGGGCGUUGCGCUGCUCACCGUCAACAAUCCAGCGCGCAUGAACGCCUUCUCAGGCAGCAUGAUGCUUGAACUGGAGCAGCGGGUGCGUGAGCUGGAGACCUGGACCGAAGGGAAAGCUGUGAUUGUGCAGGGAGCUGCUGGAACCUUCUGCUCUGGAUCGGAUCUCAAUGCAGUCAGAGCCAUAGCAAACCCACACGAUGGCAUGAAGAUGUGUGAGUUCAUGCAGAACACUCUCACAAGACUCCUCAGGCUGCCGCUCAUCUCAGUGGCACUGGUGGAGGGACGAGCGCUGGGUGGAGGAGCAGAACUCACCACUGCCUGCGACUUCAGGUUGAUGACGUCUGACGGUGUUAUCCAGUUUGUCCAUAAGCACAUGGGUUUGGUUCCUGGAUGGGGAGGAGCUGCGAGACUAGUUCGUAUUGUUGGCAGCCAGAAUGCCCUGAAACUGCUGAGCCGCGCUAAAAAGGUUGAUCCAGACACUGGAAAACAGAUGGGACUGGUUGAUGAGGUGCUCCAUUGCUCUUCUGGCGAGGGAAAUGCUCUGUCUCACGCCGAGCGGUGGCUGGGUCAGUUCAUUCAGGGCCCGGCUCCGGUGAUCCAGGCGGUGAAGAGGGUUGUCGUCUCAGGAAGAGAGCUUGCCCUGGACGAAGCCCUUCAAACUGAGAGAAGUGUGUUUGGGACAGUAUGGGGCGGUCCGGCCAAUCUCGAGGCUCUGGCUUUAAAACCUAAACAUAAGUGACUGCAAUCAUCAUCGCUGCAUACCAUUGAAACUGUUUCAAAUGUGCUUGAAGAACUUUAUCUUUUCAGAUCAAUAGAAGUAACAGAAAACUUCCUGGAUUGUUUUGCAGAGUUCAUGUCAACUUGCUCAUGCACACAUUAGUAUAUUAAUAUCUGAAUGCUGUAUCUGCUUUAUAGUAGUGUACACUUUUGUCUUUUUUCUGCAUAAAGAUAAACAUGAGACGAAAAUAAAGCAGUAUCGGCUAAUUAAAAUCCAUGAAUCCAGGGUGAACCAAACACAAUGUUCACAUUUUGAAUUGUCCUGCAUCGCCAUGUCUCAUUGUGGACCUAUAAAGAAAUCACUUGCAUUGGUACUUUUUUCUCUCCUUUCCAGCAGUCCAUCAAGCUUGUGUUAUUGCUUUUAAAUUCUUUAUAUUUGUCACAAUGAUCUUCAUCCUAUUGAGUGCUCAAAAACUUGGCACAGUCACUGUGGUAACGAGGUAAUUUGCCUAAAUAUCUAGCCACUGUACUUAAAUAUCUUUGGCUGCUUUGUAGGUUUACUGAGUAUCAAAUAUAUUAGCAACUCUCUACUUGACAAAAUGUUUGAAUAAGCAUACAGUAUGUACACUUUACUCAACAACAUUUGUGGUGAGUAAUGCAAUUAAUCAUUACAUUUUGCAUGGUACAUAACUUUUUCUGCAGCAGUUUAUUUCUGCUACAAAAGAAGUGAUAUCGCCAAACCCAGGGCAUUGAAGAUACUAGAUCUUGUGCGUGUUUACUCGCCCGAACUUGUCAACAAGUCUACUUUACACAAAUGUGAGCGCAUUAGCAGGUAGUUGUGAAUCUGUUAAUGGGGCAUUAAAUGUAACAAAUCAUGUAAGAAUGUGUCAUCUUUUAUUGGAAAAUGAAACAACAUUUUAUCAAA